AUGGUGGAUAAGCUGGUGACUGAGCACAAGAGGACCUGGGUCCCUGACCAGUCACCUCGUGACCCGACUGCUGCCUUUCUGGCUGAGAUGGAGAAGGCCAAGGGGAACCCUGAGAGUAGCUUCAAUGAUGCAAAUGUACACCUGGUUGUCCUUGACCUGUUUGGUGCUGGGAUUGUGACGAGUUCAGUCACUCUGACCUGGGGCCUUCUGCUCACAAUCCUGCAUGUGGAUGUGCAGAGUCAGCCUGACAGGGGAUGGAAUGAAAGAAGGAGGAGGGUAGAGGCCCCCUCCUUAAGAUUACUUGGGACACUUGUGGCUCCCAGCAAUGGUUUAACCCAGACUCUAAAAGAGUACAACAGGAAAUUGACAACAUUAUAG